AUGUGGACUGCGACCACGGUGACUCCUUGCUCCACCCGCUCCCACGCGAGGAGCUCCUCCUCGACCGCUCCCUCUGCCGCAUGCUCCGCUCCUGGCACCGCCUCCGCCGCUACGACCCCGCCAACCUCCCCGCUGUCCUCUCUGUCCUGGCCUCAUCCCUCUUGUGUCGUUGUAGGCAACAAUGGCAUCCUACUCCGCCACGCCCACGACGCGCUAAUCGACUCCCACCAUGCCGUGUUCCGCCCCAACAUCGCCCGCAUCAUCGGCUACACCAUGGACAUCAUUGUGCCCGGCCUCGUUGACAGCGACGACGGGCGGCUGGUGGUACACCGGCACCGGUGGCAGCGCUAG